AUGGAGAGUGAUGCGAUGGACCCGCGGUUUUUGAAGUCUCUGGAAGGCGAAGCAGAGGCCAAAGCGGCGGAUUUCCUCCUUUCCAGCUUUCACAGCGAAAGCCAUAGCCACUUGGUUCGCCUCCUUCAGCAAGGCGUGCACUUCGGAGGCACCUUCCGCAGCAUCAGCUUUUGCCAUGGCCAAUCCUUGGGCAUUGCAGUGGGAGCAGCGGGCACGGCGGGCUAUCCCAAGGAGGCCGGAGCCGGAGAGCCGCAAACUGGAGGCGACCUUGGCGACCUGCUCUUCAAGGAGGCGGCGGAGCGGACACGGCACGGAAUCCUGAUCCUGCAACUGACGAUCGGCUACUUGUGGUCGCCAGCCAGCGCCCGCGACUUUGGCUUCCUGCGCAGACCCGAGCUCGUGCACAUCUUGGUCUUGAGUGACCAGGGGCCGGAGAUUGUCAGUUGGCCAGAGCUGAUCGAGAGCCCGGGGCUCUUCCAGCGAGCUUUCGGACAGUUGGACGGCGAGGGAACACCGGAGGAGGUGGCCGGGAGACUUGCGACUCGGGCCGCAGAGCUCACCGAGCGAAAGGACUUUGACGCCGAUCCCUGGUGCAUGCUGCCGGUCUACGAGGUGAUCUUCGCCCUGCUCCGGGAAUCCGGCGGAGCCAGAGUCGCAGCGGCCGAGAACCUCUCGAGAGUAUACCGUGCUACUGGCCAGGAUGAGAGGGCCAAACAACUGGACCGCCGGCUGCUCGAAGCGUGGAAGAAGGAAGCGGUCGCUCCGCCGAGGCUUCAGGCUGAGCCUACCUCCGACGGACCGGAUGCAGAGCAAAGCGAGGACACCGUCCAGUUCUACAACCUCGCAGGAUCCUUCUCGAAAAUGAGCAAAGCGACACUUCGGGAAGCCUCCAGCUGCCUGGAGGGCGUCCGGAUGCAUUUUCAUGAGCAGCGCGGUGUGCCCUUCUUUUCUGUGAAGGUGUUCCGAAUGGGCUCCAAGGAG